AUGACGACGAUGCUGGUACGACGAGCUUCGGACGGGAAAUCGGAUGAAUGCUAUUGUACUGUGCGACAGCCGCUGCGGACGAAGUGUGUUAAUAAUGGGAUUGCAGCACCACACUGCUGCACUGGACCUCCGAAAGCAAAAGGGCAUACUGAAUGCCAGCGAAUCGGAAUACUGAAGACACGAGAAGGUGACGUUGAACACUGGGGGGAUGCACGACGAUACACAGAAGACGCAGUCGAUGACGAUACUGAACAUACACUGAAUCUUACAAGUUCACAAGCUUAA